AUGAGAUUCGUAUCCAAAGUUGCCGGACCAGCCUCAAUCGCGGGCCUAGCAAUUGCGGCCGCCGUCCUACUGGCACCAAAUCUCUCCCGCUGGAACCGCCCAUUCUGCACAUGUACUGAUGGCGACAGCUGUUGGCCAUCCGAGUCGCAAUGGCAAAGUCUCAAUGCCUCUGUGAGCGGUCGUCUCAUUGCUCCUGUUCCUCCGGCAUCUGUCUGCCACGAACCAAACUACGACGAAGCCAAGUGCGCUGCUAUUCGUGAGGAAUGGGUCUGGCCAGAGAUUCACGAAUCUUGGCCGGGCGGCAUCCAGAGCCCCUACUGGCAGAACUCCAGCUGCGACCCGUUCAGUCCCGCAGAUACCCCUUGUACGUUGGGACAUAGUGUCUCUUACGCCAUCAACGUAACGAAUGCAGAAGAUGUGGUGCAAGGGCUUUCGUUCGCACGCCAGCACUCCCUCCGACUGACCAUCAAGAACACUGGACAUGAUUACAUGGGGAAGUCUACCGGAAAGGGAGCGCUCGCCCUCUGGACAAGUAGCUUGCAUUCGAUAGAAGUGCUAGAUUUUGCAAGCGAGGGAUACAGCGGUCCCGCCAUCCACAUGGGCGCAGGCGUACGUGGGCUUGAGGCUUACACGGCUGCCGCCAGCCACGGUCUGCGCGUGGUCGGAGGCUUCUGCCCGACAGUCGGUGUCGCUGGUGGUUAUACCCAAGGUGGAGGUCAUGGUCCUUUGAGCUCACAAUACGGCCUCGGGGCCGAUCAAGUCCUUGAGUGGGAAGUCAUCACGCCUUCCGGAGAACACGUCGUAGCGACGCCUCAGCAGUACUCUGACCUGUACUGGGCUUUGAGCGGAGGCGGACCUGGUACCUACGCAGUUGUGCUCUCGCUAACGGUGAGAGCAUACCCUGACGGUUCCAUCGGAGGCGCGACUCUGGCAUUCUCUACCGCCGGGGUGGAGAAAGAUGACUUCUGGAACUUUUUCAAGAGCUGGCAAGACCUUCUCCCUAGCCUCACUGCUGCUGGUGGAACAGCUGGAUAUGCCGUUACUAAGGACGCCUUCUUCAUCGCGCCUAUCACCCUCCCCAGGUGGACCAAGGAGCAGGUUUCCGGGUUGAUAAGCCCGCUGGUCGAAAGACUCGAUGAGCUGGGGAUAAUGUACAUGCUCGAAGUGACAUCAACACUCACAUUCUUGGACCAUUAUCGCAAGCACGGUGGCCCCCUACCCCGAGGUCCGUACACGAUUCACCACCUCUUCGGCGGCAGGAUGAUUCCGCGCUCCACUGUGGAAGAGAAUAGCACCGCUCUUGUUGGGGCCAUUCGCAGCAUUCUCGAAGACACGGAUGCUUUUCUGGGCUUUGUUGCUCUAGAUGUGGGUCAAAAGUCUUCACGAAAAGCCGCGGCAGAUAAUGCUGUGCUACCAGCCUGGCGGGACACUUUAGUCACAGUGCUCGCGCAGUCGACGUGGAACUUUAGUGCGCCUAGAGCGGACGGUCAACGACGCGCAGACGAAAUCACCAACGUGGUUGUGCCGAAGCUGAGACAUCUCACGCUUGGGUCCGGGACGUAUAUGAAUGAGGGGGACUUUCAGCUAAAGACCUGGAAGAAGGACUUUUACGGGGCGAACUACCCGAGACUGCGGGCUAUCAAGUCCAAAUACGACCCUGAGGGUCUUCUCUUUGGACUGACCGGAGUUGGAAGCGAUGCAUGGUCUGUCGACGAGGAGAACAGGCUGUAUUUCCUCCUCGGUACUUUCGUAGCAGUAGAUCAAGGCAUCGGUUCACUGAUUCUCAGGGGAGCCAUUAUUGGUUGA